UAAUGAUGAUUAUCAUCGGAUCACACACAGAAGAGGAGUAUCAAGAAAGAAAGAAAUACUUUACCGUUAUCCCUUGCGCGAUUUUGCCGGCGUUUGAGACUUUUCACGUUCAACGGUCAUCUCUUUUUCUUUUAAACAUAUAAACGAAGUUACACGAGACUUGGUUCAAUGCCACCAAAGCCUCUCUCAUAAACCAACAGAAAACUCAUAAAGUCGUAACUUUCGAGAAACCACACUACGUUUUGAACAAUGUAAGCGCAUUCAGUGCAACUUAAUCAAUGUUAGAAACUUAAUCAAUGUCAGAAACCAGUUGUAACUUUAAGCUUUACGUUAAUCAAUGAUUACACGCAUGCUUUUCUCUUGGGCGAGCCUUUGAUUUUAAUGCUUUUUUAACAUAAAAAUAAAUCAUUAACUUCAUGUAAAGUUACGUUAGUGAUUACGUAAACGCGCGGAAUAGGUGUCCAAAUCUUCCUUUUGGAGUAAUAGUCUAGUCACAUUUAAAACGCACGAAACCUUUUUCCUGUGCAUUUACUUUUAUAAAGAACCAACAGCAAAUAACAUCAUCGGACAAUCUUUAACAAACAGCAACAACAAACAAAAAAACAGAAAAAUGUCGGAAUAUCUCUCCGAAGAACUAGCCCUCGAGAUUCUCGCGAGGCUAACCAUAAAGGAUCUUGCUCGAUUCAGAUGCGUCUGCAAGACAUGGAGAGACGUUAUCAACAGCCGUGGCUUUACCGAAAGGCACCGUGACGUUUCUCCGGUGAAGUUUGUGUCGUUUUACGACAAGGGUUUCUACUUGCUUGACAUGGAAGACAAGCAUCCGGUUAUAGAAACACCUCGUAAGCUUGAUUUCCCUUUGGAUCAUCAGUCGAUGAUCGAUGAAUCCACAUGUGUGCUUCAUUGUGAUGGGACGUUAUGCGUGACCUUAAAUAAUCACACUUUCUUGGUUUGGAAUCCAUCUUCCAAGCGGUUCAAGAUCGUACCAAAUCCCGGUAUAUAUCGAGAUUCAAAUAUCAUUGGUUUCGGUUACGAUCCGGUUUCCAACGAUUACAAAAUCGUAACGUUUAUCGACCAGGUUGAUUCUUCCACGGCGCAUGUUUUCGAAUUCACAACCGGUUCUUGGAGAGAGAGCGUACGGAUUCCUUGUCCUGAUUGGUAUUAUAGAGAGAGAAUAGGUACAUUCUUGGAUCAAUCCCUCUAUUGGAUUGCGUACCGGUCUAAUGUCGACCGGUUCAUCCUAUGCUUUAACCUCUCGACCAAUGAAUACCAGAAAUUAUCUCUCCCGGUUUACAAUCAAGGUGUCACGUGUUCUUGGAUAGGCGUUACAAGUCAGAAACUUUGCAUUACUGAGUAUGGACCAUGCGAGGAUAUUUGGAUUUCGGUUAUGGAGAAAACCGGGUCAUGGAACAAGAUUGCAAGCCUUUCAAUCUCGAAUUUGAUCUCUAUACAAGAUCAUAUAUGCGAUUAUCAAGUAGAGUUCGUGUCGUUUACGAAAAGGAACGAUAUUGUUGUAACAUUCAUUGGGUAUCAUCAUGAUGAUGGCGAGAUGGAAGCUGAAGAACGUGUGAAGAAAAAGGUAUUCUUAUACAAAACCGGUGACAAUACAUUUCAACAAAUCCGGUUCUGUAACUCUUUAGCCGGGUUUAGGUUUCUCAAUAAAUAUGUGGAAUCUCCUGUGAUUACUGAUCACAUAUUUAUUUGAGACAAAGAAAAUUUAACAUUGGAUCUGUGCUUAUUAUUUCGUUUAAAAAGUAAUAUUGCAUGCAAGAUUUUUUGUUUUUCAAAA